CUUCGGAAACAGCAGCGGACGAAAUAGUAUCAGCAAAAGUAAGGGAAAAUAGUUAAAAUAACGAUAGUUGAAGCAGUAAAGUCUAGUACCUCGGUAACAUAAAAGUGUGCAAACGAAGAAUGAACAACUGCCGGUCACAGUAGCUUGUUCGUGUUGUGUGAAUAGCGCCCUGUUCCAAAAUGGUUCCACCGAGAACGCUCUGGAGCGACGAUGAAACGUUCGAUCUGCUGGACAUUAUCAAGCUGCAAAAUGUAGACGAAACGUUCCUGCUGGGCGAUCCAGCUUCUCGUCACAAGCAUGAUGCAAUUUAUAGAAACAUAGCGAAGGAAAUGUGGUUGCGGGGGUACAUAGAUAAGCACGCGGACGACGUGCAGCUACGAUGGGAGAAACUGCAGCGCUGCUACCAUAAAGCGGUGCGCGUUGACGAUUGGACCAUUGCCGGUCCAUUCUACGAGGAGCUUCACGAGCUGCUCAGUGCGGAACGGAAACGCCGUCCGGUUGAUCCGGCGCUCCGGGAAAAGACACCGAAACCGAAAACCGUCGAAGAACCUACCGAUAGCAAAUCGAGCGAAACGAACGAACCACAGAGCGGUACAAAAGGUAUGAUAACGCGCCGAAAGAUCCUGAAAAAGAUAAAAAAUUUCCGGUACAAAGAGGAUGGCGCCUACUACAAACAGUGUCGCGAGCUGAACGAGUCUGGUGCAACGCUUUAUGGGCGAUUUUCGAAGAACAGAGACUACAAGUUCAACGGGAUACUGGAUAAAAAUAGUAGGAACAUCAUAACACAUUUCAGACGCAUGGUCGGUAGGAAAAUUGCGACAAACGACGAAGCCGAGGAUCCCAAUGAUCACCUGAACGGGGAUGAGGACUGCACUUAUGAAGUGGUAGUCAGUGAGUCUUAGCUGGCGUUGUGUAGAAUAAAACAAUCGACGUCUUGCUCCAUGAACCAUUCCAAUUAUUAGUUAAAGAAGUCUUUUUUGCGAAUAAUAGAUUGUAGCAUCAUAACAGAAAACAGCUGUACGCCGAGCGAGAGCAGAAGAGGAGCGGCGGAAUUUGUUCA